AUGUUUGGAACAAUCCUGGGAGGCAACUUAAGUGAUCUCAUUUUGGAAAAGGAAAGGGUCCAACAAGUAGGUACUUGUUUUUGGAUCUGUUUGAUAGCACACCUGAUAGGAUUUAUAUGGAAAACAAAUUACCGGUAAUAAAAAGAUUUGGUACGUUGACUCCACAUUUUAAAAAUCAAAUUCACAAUUUUACAUAGCUGCAAUGUUUUUUUCCUGUUGGGCUUUUAAAUUUUACUUCCACCCACUUUAUUUUAAAUUUUAUUUCCUUCCACUUUAUUUUAAAUUCCUCUGAGCUUUGUUUUCAUUAGGGGCUUGUUCCUGUUCAUAUUCUUUUCUUCUUUUUUUUCAUUUUUUGGCAUAGGUAGUAUACAUAUAUAUUAUGCAAAUUUAAUUUAUGAUUAAUGUUUUUUUUUUGUAUUUUGUGUAUUCAUAAUUAAAGGUUAAAAUAUCUUAUUCUAUUUACACAAAUUAAUUUGUGACUCAUUAAUAUAUGUAAAAGCUUUAUCACAGUCCAACGCUCUAAUAAUUUGUCAACUUAAUUCUAGGUUUAUUUUUUAUUUAGCCAUAUCACAUCAGACCUAGGACUAGGAAUAGUUUUUGUUUCUUUAUUAUCCAAAGCACACACUGCAUCACCAGCACUUUUCGAAGUCAUUCUAUCAACACAAUCAAGGUCUAUUUGGUUUCAUUAUAACAUUUUUUAAAAAAAAACAUGAUCAUAAUCCUUUGAAUCAUAUAAAUUAAAUUAUCAUCUACCUCCUCUGGUUUUAGUCCUUGAGAACAGAAAGUUUUUGCUAUUUUGUUUCAUACCUAUCUAUAAAUUUUAAAAAAUAUGACUAAAACACAACCAAAAAAUGCUACAAUGAAGUAAUCUCUAGCAAGUCACAUGGUAAACAGUGGCCUCUGUAUUCAUAAAACAUCUGUAUAUGCAGACUGUCGAUCUAGGUUUAGUUGUGUGAGACAAUAUAUGGGGCAGCAUGGGUUUUUAACACGCUGAUGGAUAAAGUGGGAUCUCGGGUUCAAAGUGUUAAUAAAGACCAGCUCCACUGUCAGCUCUGAUAAAAUAGAAAAUGUUUUUAAUAGUGGCUGAACCAGCAAAUGAAUCACUGAUAGCAGGAGAUACAAAAUGAGCUUGAAACUUGCAGUCCUCUGUAAAGCCGGCUCACUGCUUGGUAGGUGGAUGUGCAGUGCUUGGCUGACUCCUUGGAAUCAGGCCUCAGUACUUAUCCCCAAAUCUAGCUGGUGAGGUGCGUUGGUUUCUUGCAAUGCCACAUCAAGACUAUAUGGGAAAUGGUGUAAGAAAAAGAAAGGGAGCAACUUUCCUAAUAAAGCCGAUAUGUCCCUUUCCAACAACAAUGAAUGCAGAUCAAGGCAUUGAAGGGGCAUAAGCUUUUCCAUUAACAUCAAACAUAUGGUUAUCCUUACCAUUGUCAUGGCAUGCAUGUAUGGCUAGCACCUACGUUGGGCAAAGAAUUUUCUCAGUCAAAAUAACUCAAAUUAAUUAUAAUAAAAUAACAUUGAUAUAGUAUAUCAUGACAUCUUAAUGACAAGCAGUGUGGGAUAACAAGCGUUUUAUGACACACGCAAUGACUUUUAGAUCAACAAAGACAAUAACAAGGGGAAUUACUCCUACUUUAAAAAAAAAGUGGGGGUAGUCUAGUAAGGUUUUUACAAAAAAAUGUAUAUCCUUUUAUUAGAAUUGUAAGGUCCAGCCUGAUUUCAUCACAAGUAAGUUUUCAGCAAUUUAAAUCUAUUUCUUAUCUUGUAUUUCUCCCCAGAUCUAUCUCAGCUGCUUAGAGCAUGCUGGUGUUAAAGGUUUCGUCGAAGUUGUUGUCAGCCCAAACGUUGUUGAUGGACUUAGCUGCAUGUAAUUAUUAGUGAUGACAGUGAAAAUUGUUACAAUACCCAAUGAAAGUUUCUUAAAAAACACAUACAGUUUUUUAAAUUUUCAUUAAGUUUCAUGGAAAUUUUUUUUACAAUAAACAUAAAUUUUGAUAGUUUAAAAAAAAUUUUCAUCAUCUGUCAGAAAAAAAUUACCAUAGAAAUUAUAUUUAUAUUAUACUUAAAAACGAAUUAACGAAAUAUUUUCUGUAACUUCUUUCCUCAAGAGAGUUGGUGCUCCUUACCCAGUUAUUUUGUUUACCUCUCAGGUGUUGUUCUCUGUGAAUCUGUCCUCCAUUAUGGACUUUUUUUCUCUCUUUAUUGUGUUUUCCUGGCGUUGACUUUAAGACCUUUGUCUUUUCCUGGGAAUGUCGUUACUUGCCAGAUGGGCUGUGUCAUGUCGUCUGUGUAGUCCAGGUCUUCCAGCACUGAGGUUAGUGUCCAUUUUAUGCCUUGCCUCUUCCCUUCUAUGGCUUGUGGCAUGAUCAAAUCUUUUGUCAGUGAAUGUAGAGUUGGUGAAAUUGAAAUAAUCCACACCCUGGCUUCACUUUAGUGUAACUUUGAAGUGAAUUGAUAAUGCAGACCAGUUUUUGGGGCAUGCCAUAGUGUCCUGGAAUGUUCCAAUGUGACUCACGGUUUAGACUGUCAAAAGCAUUCUCUGAUUUGAUAAACACACUUUCUUAGAGAGCUUCAUUCCAUUUAAAUGCCAGCUCUUGGGUCGAAUAUACUGUCAAUGCAAGAUUGCUCAUCCUAUUGGCCUGUAUGCUCCUGUCUGAAAUCUUUUUCAAUGCAGUUGUGAUUGGUUAUAGUAUAAUGCCACCCAGUUGUUCCUGUUCUAAAGCAGUUUGAUGGUAGUGGGGGUCUUUCAUCCAGUAGAGAGCUCCAUGGGUUUUGUGUUGCCACUGAAUGGGAUUUUACCCCCUACUUCUGUCCUGACUUGACACAGGCUGUGGUCUUGCUCUUAUAUCAAUGCUUUAUCAAUCACAGGAUACAGUCUGCAGGAUUGGGAGCACUGAGACCCAACACCAUUCUUAUGGGCUGGCCAAGGGACUGGACAGACAACAGAAAUUUAAUGGCGUACCAUAUAUUUUUAGGUAGUUAUUGAGAAUUUAUACACUUAUUGGCAUUUCAUAAAAAUGAUUAAUUUAGAUGCAUGAGCACAAUCUUGAUAUGGCUUUAUCUUAACAAAUAAAGGUGAAUAGCAUAAUACUGGACAUUUUCCUAUUUGUAACUAAACUUUAAAAUACAAAUUUACACCGGGAUAGUAAAACACAUGAUUUUAUUAGUUUUUGUAUUUUAUAAAAAAAAUUAAAAAAUAAGAUGGGCAUUCCUAAUUAAAUAUUAUUUUUUCUGUCUACAGACACAAUGAGGAACAUUGCUCUUGCACGCAAUGCACUAAUAGUCUUAAAGGCUGAUACUUUUCCAUCAAAAGGCAUGCGUUUAACAGGAACCAUUGACAUAUGGUGGAUAGUGAAUAUCCUUUUGUGUUAUGUUAAACAUCAACUUUAUUCUGUGUUAAAGUGUGGUGCAGUGAUCAUGACCACAGCUAAAUACAUCUUGUGUGUAGCAGUGCGUGGUGGGUGAUUGGUGCUUGGGUGUACCAAGGCUGCCACUGACGGUUACUAAUAAACAAAUGAAGAAAUGCAAGUCUCGAGGAUUAUAGCUUUAUUAAUGCUCUACAGAAAAAGUCGCUGUGACCGACAGGUCCAAAGGAAAAGUCCUAAGAAAAUAUAAAGACAAAGGCAAAAGUCCACUAUGAAGAAAAAGGACAAUAUAGAGCGUUCCAAUGGGCCGCACUGAACAAUGGCACACUGCAGGGAUGCUGUCCGAUCUCGAAUGACUCCUACUUAGUGUGCACCCCUUUAUAAAGCCGUGCGCGGACAUAUGGAGAGAGCCCCUCCGUCACACUUAAACCAAGUCGGUCUCGGUUUUGCCUUCUGGCCAAUUUCCUGGGGUAAAAUGCCUAACUCUGGGGACUACACCCGAGUGAUAAUUAAAAUCCCUGACCAACGCCCUAAAGACUUCUAUGUGAUCUGUGCAGUUUUGUCUCAGCUCUCUAAGAUGCUAUUUUAUAUUUCUAUGAGUUAAAUGGUUUUUUGAGAUAUUUUAACUAGAAGGGGUGGGGACCACUAUGGAUGGAGGUGAAAACCCCUUUAAUGACUCAAUGUUCAAAUAUCCUCCAACGACGGAGACUUGUAAAUAUGCUAAGGCAGUGGUUCUCAACCUUUCUAGUGCCGUGACCCCUUAAUACAGUUUCUCGUGUCAUGGUGACCCCCCAGCCACACAAUUAUUUUUGUUGCUACUUCAUAGCUGUAAGGAUAUAUGUUUUCAGAUGGUCCUAGGCGACCCCUGGAAAAGGGUCCCGCGACCCCCAAAGGGGUCGCGACCCACAGGUUGAGAACCGCUGUGCUAAGGAAUAGUGAAUAGAAUCCCCUUUCCAACUAGAUAUAAUUUAUAACUUAAUACGCUAGGGUUCUGGAGAAAUAAAUUAUUGCAUUUCUAACUAAAGCGCACAUCCUGGUAUUUUAUUAUUUCCUCCCUAUGUGCGAGAGAAGACGGCCGUAUAGAGACCGUCCGGGUGGGGUGAAAGGGAUACCUGAGUUCAACAUUCCGAUCCAGUGGUAGGCGAGGUCACACAGCGCGUUGGGCACCAAACAUGGUUUUCGUACUAAUAGCGGUUGUCUCAAAAUAACGGGUCUAAUAGCGAUUUCCAAAUAACGGGGCAUACAAUCCCACACGUGGUUUACAUGUUGUUGUUGUUUUUAAAUGCUCCAAAUACUUAUCUUCAACAGACAUCUCACCCCCACCCACCCCCACCCCCCUUCCACCCUAUCCAACAUUGGUGUGUGUGUGUGUGUGCUGCUGCUAGUCAUUUUUUCUUUCUGGACUAAGACAAAUUUCUUAACAUGGUGACAUGAUGGCGGAAUGCUGCUUCUGUUGGGCCAUCUCCUGAGACGACACAAAACAUGGUCCAAAUGCAAGCUGAGGCUCUUCAGCGUUGCUGGUACAGCUUUCAUCAAAAGCAUUUUUUUAAAACCUUUUUUUUUCCUUAGAUUUUUAUCUAAAUAGAUUUUCUGAUAUUUUUGUAACCUAACAAAUUAAAGAUGUAAGGAAUAAUUGUUUCAAAUGGGCCCUGAAAAUUUGAAGAUAACAUUUUAAAAAAUGUAAUAAAGUUUUAAAUAUUUCUGUUGCAUGAACUUUGAAUGUAUUUUUUAAGACAAUUUUCAGAAUAAUCAGUGACCUGUUUUUAAAUAUAUUUUUUUUAUGAUUUAGUUUUAAAUUUCCCUUCACCCGAUGUUUUUUUUUUCAACCAAUCCGCAGGUGAAGAAGAUAACACAGUGCAAAUAAAGAAAGACCUGGAAACCUAC